AUGGCAGAUGUUUACACCACCAAACUCAAUGUUUUACGAAAGAAAAGUCGUUCGUUCUUGUCCCAAUUGGAGGAGAAUUCAAGGCUCGUUGAGGAUGAAAUAAGAAAACUGAGCAUUAACAGCGUUAAUUCCCCCAGGAACUGCGUCUCCGAGCCAAACCCUCAUGAGCCCUCGUCAUCCUGGCGGAUUCGCAACGACUCGUCAGGUGUGAACGGUCUCCUGAACCCUUGCAACUCGUUGAACAAAAAAAUGACAGUGGGCGGGAGGAUCUUGAUCUCCUCGAAACGCGUGGGUAACUCCUCGGGCCCAAGACGACCGGUUCCUGGAUGCUACUGCACUCGAAGGCCCAAGAAGGUCCGAUACAGAUCAGCGAAUACGAUUUACAAAGCCUUCGAGCCCUGUCACUACUGCAAGAGUCAGUGCGAUGUCUUCAGGGCUGAAGCUGAAGCUCCUCAUGAGGCGCCAGUGUCUCCAGCCCUCAGCUGCGAGACUCUGAAGAAGGUCCAGGGCAUAAGUUACACGCCAAGGUCAGAAUUUCUGAGGAAAGUCCAGCGAAAAGUCUCCGGGCAAUUUGUCGAGAGCAUCUGUCCAGAGCAGUCUGCACGCUCUCUGCGGUCGUUACGAGAGUCAUCUUCUCGAAGUUCACAGAGAAAUCAAGAAAUUCAGGACGAGAGAAAUGAGAGUAGAGUAUUGGGAGCUGCAUUCAGUGAAGACGUCAGGAACGAGACGGAAAAUGUGAAGAUAAAUCGACGAAAUGAAGGGAUAAGCAUUCAGCUUGACUCCACAAUUAUAGAUCCCCCCCCAGGGGAUUUGGUCGAGGUUCCAGUCGAAGUUCACCGAUCAGACACUUCAUCAAUCAGUCCGGAAGUGCACGAUGUUGACGACUCAGUGAUCGAUAGAUCCCGUAAAUCCAGAGAUAAAAGUUCUUCAAAGUCCAUUCGCCCCAAACACCGAGAGCACCCUGUGGAGACACAUCCAAGGGACUUUUCUCCAGAAAUAGAAACAAUUUUACCCCCGAGGGUUUCUCAUAAAUCUGAAAGGGUUGCAAAGAAAACGAUAAGUUCGACGAACCGUGAUGAUAAGGAGAAAGAGGGCAAAGGGGGAAAGUCGAGGGAGAAGAGUGAAAAAGUCGUGAGAACGUUGAGUCAAAGAAGUUGCUACGACGCUUGUUGUGUGGUGAAUGAGAGGCGUAGGGGUUCUAAAAAAUCGAGGGAAUGUGCAGACUGCUGUGGUCACGGUGAUCGAUGUCUCUCGCGUCUAGCGUCGGGGGUUAUUCCUUUGGGUGAGGAUAGGGAGACCCUGGAGUUGAGGAAGUUCAGAGAGAAGAAUUACUUUGACACUCAUGAGUCUAGUCAUGCUAUUCCCUCGUGUGAGUCGAAGGGAUUUCUGGAGCAGUUCGAGUUGAAUAGCCGACUCUUUCCUGAGCCCGUGGGACGACUGGCCAAGGACAAUAUCGUGGUCUCGAUGCCACCGUGUGCAACUACCCAGUUGAAGAUGAUUCACUACUUUCCUAGGAAUAUUGUGAGGGAGGACAAGAGGGGAAUUUCUAAUUGCAACAAGAAGAGACAUAAGAGUUGUCCUCUCACUGGCCAUGCUAUUGAUCUUGGGGUGCUCAAAACUCCUUGUCCAGCUAAUAGUCUUGCUCUCAAGUACCAGAAAGGCGUCGUUUAAUUGAUUUUAUCGAGUUGUGAAUUCUUUGGGGGGUGGUAAAGCAUCAUGAGUCGAAUUUCACAAUUUUGAUGACUGUUGAUUUAUCUCAAAUCGAGUGACUGGAGGAGAGAAUGGCAAAAGAUCUAUCGACAUCAUCUCCUAGAAUCACUCAUUCACGAAAUCAUUCCAUAUUGAAUAAGAUGUAAGAAAUCGGCUCAUACGUAUUAACAUUUCACUGUUGAAUGAACUCGAAUUCAUGAAACUGUGUGGUUUAUAAAUAUUUUAUGGGUAAGCAAUUUGUAUCUUGCACGGGAGAGACUGGAUACAUUCCUCAAACCACUACUGUGAUGUUAUAUUAUACCACUCGACCCUGUCAUACAUUUUUUUAAUAAAAUAGUGAGACAAACUG